AUGUCCUUAUGUCUCCAGUCUCUUACACGUGGAAUAUUGGCUACAUGUGAUUUUGCCAACUUACAAACGGAACAGUCAAGAAACAGUGUGGAACAAAAAUCCAAAAUACUUCUCUCUCUCACUCCUGCUGAAGUUGCUGCUCUCAAGGAAGGAAUAAAUUUCCUAAGAAACAAAGCAGAUGGAAAGAGUUACAUCUUGUACAAGGACACAGAUAUGCUGCGAGCAUGCAAGAAUAUGUGCAAACACCAAGGAGGGUUGUUUAUUGCAGAUAUUGAAGAUCUAACAAAAACGUGUGUACGUUGCACGAAGCAUAACUGGAGGCUGGAUGUGAGCACAAUGAAAUACGUUAACCCUCCAGAUAGCUUCUGUCAAGAUGAACUAGUUAUUGAAUCAGAUACAGAUAAUGGACUUGUGCUAAUUGAACUACAACCGCCAAAUCCAUGGGACUCAGAACCUCGAAAACCUGAAGAUCUGGCUUUUGGAGAGGUGCAGGUAACUUAUCUAACACAUGCAUGUAUGGACCUCAAACUAGGAGACAAAAGAAUGAUAUUCGAUCCAUGGCUAAUUGGUCCUGCCUUUGCCCGUGGCUGGUGGUUACUUCAUGAGCCACCCAGCGACUGGUUAGAAAGGCUUUGCCAUGCAGAUCUUAUCUACGUCAGCCACAUGCAUUCUGAUCAUCUCAGUUACCCUACGCUGAAGAAACUUGCUGAACGGAAGCCAGCUGUGCCCAUUUAUGUUGGGAAAACAGAGAGGCCUGUGUUCUGGUACCUUGACCAGAGUGGUAUAAAGCUCACCAAUAUUAAUAUUGUUCCAUUUGGAGUUUGGCAACAGGUGGACCAGAAUCUUAGAUUCAUGAUAUUGAUGGAUGGUGUUCAUCCAGAAAUGGAUACUUGCAUCAUUGUUGAAUAUAAAGGGCAUAAAAUCCUAAAUACAGUGGACUGCACAAGGCCUAAUGGCGGAAAGCUUCCCGAGAAAGUUGACCUUAUGAUGAGUGACUUUGCAGGUGGAGCAUCAGGAUUCCCAAUGACAUUCAGUGGAGGAAAAUUCACGGAGGAAUGGAAAGCAGAUUUUAUCACAAGGGAAAGGAAGAAGUUGCUGAAUUACAAGGCCCAGUUGGUUGCUGACCUGAAGCCAAAAAUCUAUUGUCCUUUUGCAGGAUAUUUUGUUGAAGCUCAUCAUUCUGACAGUUAUAUCAAAGACACCAACCUUAAAAAUGACCCAGAUGAGUUGAACAGACGAAUUAAAAACAAAUGCAGUGGAGUUUCGACAUGGACACCAAAACCUGGAGCCACUUUGGAUUUAGGAAGGAUUCUCAAAGAUCCAAGCGACAGUAUGGGAAUUGUGGAUCCUCCAGCAGGAACAAAAGUUUUCAAAGAAUCAUGGGACUUUAAACCAUACCUAUACACUCUUGGAUCUGCAGUGGAUUAUGAGAUAUUUCUCUAUCCUUCCUGGGUGAAAGAAUACUAUGCUUGGGCUGGGUUUAAAGGCUACAACCUUGUGAUAAGGGUGAUAGAAACUGAUGAUGAUUUCAAUCCUUUGCCUGGAGGCUACAACUACUUGGUGGAUUUUUUGGACUUAUCAUUCCCAGCAGAGAAACCAAAUCGUGACUGUCCAUUUGAGGAAAUAAAAGCCCGAGUUAAUGUUAUGAGGUAUGUAGUGAUGCAUGGAUUGCUCUGGGACGAUCUGUAUAUAGGAUUCCAAACUCGGCUACAACGUGACCCUGAUAUAUAUCAUCAUCAGUUUUGGAAUCACUUCCAAAUAAAACUUCCUCUGACACCACCUGACUGGAAGUCUUUCUUGGCACAACACAAAACAAUCUGA